AGGAACUUAAAAAUAAAUUUCUCAUGAUUUGAUUUAAGAUCUAAGUUAUGAGUUAUCCCAUCUCUAGAACGAGUAAUAACAAUGAUGUGGGAUGCGGCGGCUCUGGUGAAAAAAGUGGGGCAGCCACAUACCUUAUUUCCAAGAAGGUGGAGGAAAAUCGUUCACUGCCCUGGGAGAACUUUCAACGCCACCUGUUCUCAUCACAAAGUCGGUUCCGUAAGCGUGUUGAACUUUUCCUUCUCUUCAUGACCGACCUUUGUGCCAAGCCUAGCCCAAAGAAAGGAAGAAAGAUUUCUCACUGGACUUCAAACUCCUCCUCCUUGUUGCUGUUAAAUAAAUUUUAUCUGCUUCAAUGUCUGUGAUAAAAGUACUUGUGCAUUUAUCUUCUUUCUUGGUCGCUCAUUUGUUCAUAUCAGGUGUUGUUUCAACAACAUUUACAAUAACAAACAAGUGUAGCUACACAGUUUGGCCAGGCAUUUACUCAAGUGGAGGUUCAGCAUCUCUCUCCACAACUGGUUUUUCCCUUGAAAAGAACGAGUCAAGGACCUUAACAGCACCAGCUUCUUGGAAUGGGCGGUUUUGGGGCCGCACGUACUGCACCGAAGACUCGUCAGGAAAUUUCUCCUGCAUCUCAGGCGACUGUGGCUCCGGCAAACUAGAAUGUUCAGGAAACGGUGGUGCUCCUCCUGCAACGUUGGCAGAGUUUGCGAUUGGUGGUUUUAAUGGCCUUGAUUUUUUUGAUGUUAGUCUUGUUGAUGGCUUCAACCUGCCUUUGCUUGUUGUGCCUUCUCGUCAGAACUGUACAAGCACUGGAUGUGUGGCGGAUUUGAACGAAUCAUGUCCGUCAGAGCUUAGCGUUACCACUAGUACAGAAGGCAAGACUGCGGGAUGCAGGAGCGCGUGCCAAGUGACCGGGUUGUCGAUGUUUUGUUGUAAUGGUACAAACGGAACACCUGAUAAAUGCAAGGCUUCUUUGUAUUCUCAAUUCUUCAAGAAUGCCUGUCCACAAGCUUACAGCUACGCUUAUGAUGAUGAUACCAACACUACCUUCACUUGUGCAUCCACCGAUUAUCAAGUUACAUUCUGCCCAGGCAACACAACGGUUAUCACAGAAAACAAUUCUCGUCCAUCACCAGGGGAGAUAACACCAAUUCCUUCACCAGAAAUAAGGCCUAAUACUACUUCAAGGAGACAAUGGGUGCCAAUUAUAGCAGGAAUUAUGGGUGGUGUUCUUGCCAUCAUUUCUUUUGUAGUUAUUAUUGUUUGGAGGGCUAGGCUGAGCAAGUCUAAUGAUACUGAAGAGGAUGUGGAAGAUGAUUAUAUAAAGCAAGUUCCAGGAAUGCCUGUC